AUGCAACGCCACCCGUCCCAGAGUGGCCAGGCGUCCGAACUCGUUCUCAGGCUUCGCAAGUUCUCAGGCAGCGUGAUGAACGCGGUGAAACCUGCCAGACCAGACCCGACGCCGCGCAGGCAGCCGUCCUACCGUGGGGGCCAACCGGUGCCCAAGGACCGAAUCGGCCUCCCGAACGAGCAGCUCCGCCACCCCUUCGGGCGUCGCUCCCAAGACGACACCGAGUCCCACUCCACGCCUCCCCUAGGCGGCUGCAACCAGCCCACCAUCCCCCACCGGCCCCAGAACACCCGCGCCCGGGCCCCCUUUCCAGGCCUCGGGCGGAGCGCCACCCUGCCGACCCGCAGGUCGCGCGGCGAGAGCUUCUGCGUCGUCCCGCUCGGGGACGAGGUCGACGCGGCCAGGCGCGGGGACCGCGACGCCCUCGGACGGCUCGACCGCCUCGCCUCUGAGAGGGUCGAGGCACCGCAGCGGGAGAGCGCACCGCCGCUGCUCGCGGCCUCGCGCGCGACCAACGCGACGCCGCACUUGAGAGACGCGAGGAGGAGCGAGCAUUCGUCGAGGUACCGGGACGUUCCCUACUACGCUUCGAAACCGUCGAAAGCGCAGGAGAAGCCGGUGCGUGUCGACCGCGUCCGGCUCGAUAUCCAGGAGUGGGCGAGGAAGCAGGAGGAGAAGAGGCGGAAGGAGGAGAAGGAGAAAGAGGAACAGGAGCGCGGGAGGCAGUCCUACUAUUGCGCGGUCGGGAAGCCUUCCGUGCAGAGGACCGGCGCGAUUAGAGGCAGGUCUGAAGACGCGUGGAACCGCGCGGGGCAAGCCUCACCGCAACGCACCCCUUCUCGGGAGGCCGGCCACGUUGCUGCAGACAUCGUGGCGGCGCUCCGCGCAGACUCGCGCUCCCCGACGCCCUCGCGCUCUCCCGUGUCGUCGCGCGCCCCAACCCCGACGCCCCGCGCGGGCACGCCCACAUCCGUAUCCACAGUCCUGUCCUCGGUGCGCCGCCGCGCAAUGUCGCCCGACAGCGCGGCCUCGCGCUCCCCCGCGCGCUCCCACCUCUCACACGAAAUCCCCCCACCCCCACCCGCCAAGGCCCUCCCCGUCGGCAAGCGGAUGCCGCGCGACGUCCCGCGCGACGUCAGCCUGUCGGUCUGCACCUCCGCAUACGACUCGGACUCGGACUCGGACUCGGACUCGGACUCCGCCUCCGCGUACUCCGUCACGUCCGCCAGCUCCUCCGUCGCCGUCCGGAUGCCGCUCUCCGCGAGGCUGCUCAGCCAGAUGCAGGAGCGCGUGCAGCACGCGCAGGCCGCGCGGCCCGUCCCAACCGUCGUGCACUGCGACGACGGCGAGCUCGCGCGGCGCGCCUCGCAGCGCGCGCACAUCGAAGACGCGGCCUUGGCCACCGCCGCCGCCGACAUUGCUCAGACACGCCGGCGUGCGAGCAAGAGGGGGCAUGCGCAAAUAGAGACGGUCGGUGCUGGUACCCUCCCCGGGGCCACUGUGGAUGGCGCGGAAAUCGAGUUGACCCGCCCGCUCAACAUCCGCAAGGUUAAAGGUGGACAGAGUCAAGUCUGA